UAUAGGGGCGUGAUCGCACCCGGUACUCUAACAACUGUAGUGCCGCCCGUAACACAGAGUAUACAUGGCCUUUAUCACGAAGAUGUAGUUUGUUAGUUGAAGUAUGCAAAUAGCCAAAUAUAAUCAGGAAGUAUUGGGCGAUGGGAUCUUUACAUUCUAAAACAAACACCGAGCCUUCUCCUCGAUUAAGUUAUGUAACCUACCCGGGAAUCUGGGUAUUAAAAACCUGCUAUCAUUUCAGCAAACGUAUUGUUCAGAUUGACAUUCAGGACCUUCGGAGCGAAGAACCGAGACGUAGGACGACGCCAUAACCGUUUUCCGUACUGCAGUGAGGAAAAGUGUAGGCCGUUAUUCAUAGCUCCUCUGUCAUUUCAUGGAGUUUCAUGCCAAAGCUUACAAAGAGUCACCGAGAUGAUAUGUGCCUAUAACUCAGUGAGAUAGUUUUACACAAAACAGGAGAAGCCUUUUAUUUCGCUGUCAAGCAAUCACCAAUUCCCGCCGGCCGUGCACAGGUUCAAGUCGCCCUUCGUCAAAGACACCCUUGGAAGCUUUUACAGCAAGCUAGGCUGCUCAUGAAAAUUCGCUCGAAUCCCAACUCUUGAAGCAAGAUACGGAGUAAUUCGCAGAGGUAGAGGGUAGUUUGUAUAUUAAAAUAUAUAUAUAUAUCCCCAAUUUCAUAAAUAUUCUCUUUGAAGAAAAGUAGACCAGUUACAAUCAGAGAAAUAAUGGCAUUGCUGACUGACUCAUACGGAGUCGUCUUGGCCACCAUAAGCCUUGUUCUGACGUUGGUAUGGUACUUGAAAAGCUCAAGCUUUCGGAGAUUUCGUCAUCUACCACCAGGCCCCCUCGGGUAUCCCAUUGUCGGCAUGUUACCCUACCUCGACGAGAAAUAUCCUUCUGUUGGUAUCACAAAACUGUCCAAGAGAUAUGGGCCGAUCUUCGGGGGUUUUCUGGGCAGCUACCGAGCGGUGUUCCUGAACGAUUACGAGACGAUAAAAGAAGCCUUCUCAAGAACUGAUGAUAUCUUCAGUGAUCGGCCGAGGAUUUCGGCAUUCGAACUUUACAGCGAUGGACAGGGAGUUGCAUGCUGCUACAUUGAAAACCACUGGAAAGAACAACGUCGGUUCACACUUCGCGCCCUGCGGAACUACGGCAUGGGUCGUCUUCAGGGCUCCCUACGAGACGCCAUCGAUGUCGAGAUUUCAAUCCUGAUGAAGGAAUUCUCCAAGAUCAAGAAACCUUUCAAUCCAUUCAUCUACAUCAUGUCGACUGUCUGUGACGUCACCUGUAAGAUGGUUUUCGGUCGGCGAUUCGAGUACGACGAUGAAAAGUUUACCGAUUUCCUUCAUAAGCUUGACAGGAUAUUUGAAAUGACUGGCGUAGCAGGAGUGACAAAUUACCUAAGCUGGAUGAAGUACGUCCCUUUCAGCGGGUACCAUGAACUGGGGAACGCCGUCAAACAACUGGAGAAUGGUCUCUUUACCAGGGAAUGCGAAGAACAUCAAAGAGCCUUCGAUCCAAGCAGGGAUCCCCGUGAUCUUAUCGAUGCCUUCCUCCUUGAGAUGCACAAGAAAGAAGAGGAGAGGGCGAAUAAUAACGGAGAGCUUCUGGCUCCGACGGGUUUCAGUCGGGAACAGUUACUGCAUUUCAUAGGCGAUAUUUUUGCAGCGGGGACAGAUACGACAGCUUCGUCUUUAAAAUGGACUUUCCUUCAUCUGAUCAAAUAUGAGGAUGAACAGCGUAAGAUGCAAGAAGAAAUUGAUCGUGUUGUAGGACGGGACAGGUUACCAACCCUAGAAGAUAGACCAAAUCUACCGUACACCCAGGCAUUCUUAACAGAAAGUUUGCGAACCGGAUGCCCUGGACCACUAGGUGUGCCGCAUGGGUCUAAGGAAGAUGCGAAAUUUCAUGGCUUCGACAUCCCUAAAGGGACCGUGGUCAUCGCGAACCUUUACGCUGUGCUCCAUGAUCCAAAUGUGUUCCCAGAACCACAGAAAUUCAACCCAUCCCGUUACCUAGACGACCAAGGCCAGCUGAAGACGUCGCUAGUGGAACGGGCACGUUCUCAGUUUGGAAUAGGGCGUAGACAUUGCGUUGGAUCGGACAUGGCCAUGAUGGAACGGUUUAUCUUGGUGUCCAACCUUACUCAUCGCUUCAACGCCAGGGCGCCACAAGGACCAGACUCGGUAAGCCUUGAACCAAGGAGCGGACUGACCUACAUCCCUAUGCCAUUUGAGAUGGAACUUACGCAGCGAUAGUCUCAACUCUAGAUAAACAGAGACUCCGACUCUUUCGCUUUCGACGGGUUCGCGAACAAAUAUUGUCAUCUGCUGCUUUUCUCCCCACUGCCAAAAGGUGUCGGCAUUUGUCAUCGAUGUGCCCUAAUGAAUUUUACACGCCAUUCGAUGAUCACGGCAAGGGUCAAGAAGGCAGCUUGUUGAAUGGGAGGGAGGGAUGAGAAAAUAACAGAAUUCGCCAACCACAAUGGACUGUUACUAUCAAAAUUUAUGUACAAAUAGACCGAUGCAGAGUGACACGCGACAUACAUUUCUCCCUUAGUUCACGUUGAUGGUUAUUUUCUUAACGUUUUAUAUUUCUUCCUGAUUGACAUUAUCUUAGAAGUCUUGAUUUGGAGAAAGAAAGGGUGAAAACGGAAAAUAACAUGAUACAGAUUAAUGAGGUUGUCGUGUUUUCUUGUUAUUUUUGAAAUUAUUUUUAGAGAGGGAUUUCAAAAGUUUAUCACUAUGAUCAAUGUGUCAUGUUAGUUUCUGACGUAGGAAUAUUAAUCAUGCUAUAUAAAACCAUUCUUCACAAUUGUAGCAAUCCAGACUGCUUACCUUGAUGCCAAUUAAUUAAUCGCCAGACUGUAUCUUUCAUUAUAUUCAUAUUUGGUCAUAACGGUAUAAAUACUCUGUAGAUGCAAAUGGUUGUAUUCUGAUCUAAUUAUACUUGUUUUUCAUAUCGUACUUUCUAUAUCUAUUAAUGUGUAUUGUCUAACUGAUUAUUUUUCUUAUUUUGUUAAAAGAAAUCAAUCAACUUCAUUUGAGGAGGCGCGAUAGCUCAGUCGGUAGAGCGGGGGUUUCGGAUUCCGGUGACCCGGGUUCGAUUCCCAAAUGAUAUGCGCUUGUGCCAUUUGGUGUAGACGUUUAUCCUCAUUAUCAGGUCCCUCUGAGAGGACCUUAAGCUGUUUGCCCCCUGGUUGCUUGCCCACAGGCAUUCGUGCUUUCUUAGCAGUCAGGUAAAAAAAACCUCGGUAUAAAACCUUGGUAUAAAAAACCUCGGUAUAAAUCAUCAAUUGUGCAUUAUUUUAAAUUGAUGAAAUGUUCUUGUGAACCUGUUUAGUUGAACCCACCUCGUGAUUCUGUUGAAAUACAUUAUAAUGUAUUAUGAUGCCUCCCCAAAUAUAUAUAAAAAGCCACCAGAAAUCAAAUUCAUGCCACAAUACCUCAUUAAAAAACAAAAUGAUUACACUUUGUCUUCAAGCACUAAUCCUCGUAAUCGUGCUGUUUCUUCUCUUCUUGGGGAAAUAAUGUGGCAUGAAUAUAAUUGCGGGCGGAUUUUUUAAUAUUUCAUGAGGCAUAUAUUACAAGACUGUAACACUUCUCAAAAUGUUGCAAUCUGGAUGAAAAACCCGGAUCAAUACUACAUGCUUAAGUAGUAUAUUAAUGAUGAUUUUUUUUAUAUAUGAAUGUGAUAUAAUAACAACCGUAAAACCCAGGGUAGCCACUUAAGCUAUCCAUCAGUAGGCCUAUACAUCCUGCCUAACAUAGCACUUUCAACAAAAGAAUGACGAGGUGAGUUGAAACUAAAACGUUUAGUUUAGUAUACUUUUGAUUAAUUUGAUAUGCAAAAUUGAUGAUAAAGUUGAUUGAGUUUUUUUAACAAAACAAAAAAUAAUAAUAAUCACAGUUAUUUCAGUAUUUGAGACCGGGGACAAUAUUGUAACACGAGUGGCCAUGGCUCCCAUUCCAAGCAGAAAAUUAAGUACAAGGACAAGCUGUGAACAGAGCACGCGCAUUUUUUUUAAUGUUUAGAAAAUAUGUUCUUAGACCUGUAUUUGGGCUAAUAUUUCCACGACAUAAGCUAAAAAGGUAAAAUAUUUCCAAAGAAAUUUCCGGGGGGCAGAUGUAACGGCAUGUUACAAUUGCCCCUAGCACUUUAUAAACCCUUGAAAAUAUAGUUCAGAAAAGAGAAUUGCAUAAUUUUGAACAUAUCUGUCAAUCAUGUAAUUUGUUUACAAAGAAAAAGUAGCUUUAGAAAUAAGAUCUACAUAACUUUGAACAUGUUUGUCAAAUUUGUUUGUUACAAAGCCAAAUAUGGAUUUUGUCCAAUAAAAUUUGGGUAUCAUUAUUUUGUUUCACUGUAA